AAGUGGAGUGGUCGUAGCCGUGUACUUUUAGUGGCAAUUUGAACAAAAUUACUUGCUCCGAAUUAGUAUUCGUUGAACAAAUCAAAUAGAGUAAUUUUCAAAAGAUUCUUUUUGGAGACUCCUUUCCAUCAAAUCUCAAAAGGUGGAUUGCAUUGACAAAUCGUGAAAAAUGUCUCAAAGUAAACUACAAAAGCGUCAGUAUCGCGAUGGUUGGACACGAACAAAACGAAUCAAAUUGGAAACAACCAAUGUUACCACGACUAAAAUAACCGAAGUCAACGAUGACUGUCUCGAGCAUAUUUUCAACAAAUUGGAACUGGUUGAUUUACUAAAUGUGGCCGAUACAUGUAAGCACUUCCGUCAAUCGGUCGAUUGGGUGUUUGAACGCAAAUACAAGUCCAUGAAAUUGUACUUAACCAACAUAAAUACGAAAUAUACCCAUGAGCUCGAGAUAAGAGUCCAAUCGAUUUGGGUCUUUGACAUAUUGACUGCAUUAAAAUUGUUGCGUAACUUUGGUCAUUUGCUCAUAACAUUAGAUAUAAGUGGUUUCAUCUGUGGUUGGAUGCUUCAAAAAAUCUUUCAUUACAUCAACAAAUACUGUGUUGAUACACUAACUGAAAUCCAUUUUUACUGUCUUCAAUAUUUCGCGAUGGAAGUUCCCCUUCCAAAAGUUGAAACAGUCACCUUUUCAUACUGCACUUUAAGCGGUCAUAUAAUUGAAUUCAACAAAUGGUUUCCGCAAUUGCGAAAUUUGGAAUUUCGUGGUGAUCAUUUUGCCGAAAACGGUGACGGUAAAUGUAUUGAAAAAACUCUUUCAAAUUUGGACCAUUUAUCACUUAAAUUUGGACCCACCGCUUUUCAAGCAUCGAAUAUUGGCGAAGCAUUACGAUUGAAUCCACAAAUUCGACGACUACAAGUUGCAAAUAAUAAUUUAAAUAUAAGCAUAAGCAAAUAUUUGCAAAACAUUAAUGAUCUCGAUGUACAUUGGUCAACGAAAGGUGUAGACGCCGAAACUCCGGUAAUCCAUUUGAAAAAUGUACAAUGUUUCCGAAUCACUUGUUAUGAUUUGAUGCCGAAAAUUCUUUACACAUUUGAUUGUUUGAAAAAAUUCACCAUGGAAUCGACGCCGAGGGACUGGAAUGAUGUCAUUGAUUUCGUUAACCAGAAUCAAACAUUGAUUGAAGUUACUUUGAAACAAUUUGGGAGAAUACCGGUUGUGGACGCGAACGGAAAAUUCAAAUUGGCACAGACAUUGGCCAAAAUUAAGACGGUUAAUUUUUAUAUAUUUUCUCUGUCUGUUGAUGAAGCCAUCACAUUUACCACCGCAAAUAAGGCACUCAAGUCGAUUCGAUUUAAACUUAACAGCAAAUCAGAUUAUGAUGACCUGAAAAUAAAAUUGAGCAACGAAUGGACCCAAUCCAUCGGACAGACUGGUAUUGUUCAAUUGAAACGCUAAUCAAAACGAAAACAGAACCGAUAUUUCCUGUUCAGUGUUACAUCAGAGAUCAUCCGAUUGAAAAAAAUAUUCAACUUAUAUCGAGGAAAAAAACACAAAUAAUCAAUAAUUUGAAACCGUAAAAUUAUUUUUAAAAAAAGACCAAAU